UGCUCUCUCUCUCUCUGAAGUCCAAAACGGUUUCCAAAGGUACGGACCUUCCUUCCUUGCUUUUUCCCUCUUCCGCUCCUUUUCUUCUCCUCCUUCGUCCGUCUGCUUUGUUGAAGGCCUAGUUUCUAGGUUUCAGACUUCUGCAUGACGAUUGUAAGAAGCUCACAGAGGUGCUGGAUAUCAGGAUGCUCACCACCUGUCAUUAAUGUGGUUGUUUUGGCACAUCCUUGUUGUAUUCAGAUUGGAUCAGCCCAAUGUCUGCUGUUGUAGAGCUGGGGGUUUGAUUGAGUAGCUCCUAGGUAAAUACCUAAGAUCUUGGUCAUGUUUUGAAGGAUUGUUAAGCCAAAAAUCUGGACUCUGUAUGAACAAUUAUGGGUCAUUGUCUAAUUGGCGUCAGGAGCAGUUAAAAGGAUUUAGUCACCAAUUCCCGUUCUAUAUUCUCCAUUCUGCUCACAUAUGUGCUCGUUAAGCACAUUUUUACAAUGAGAUCUUCUGGUCUGUCUCUCUGGCCAACCUAUUGGCAGUGGAAAUUACCUGAAAUACUUUCAUGGGAUCAUCCCUUUAUUUUGGGAACAUGAUGUAACAUGGGAAACCAUUACAAAAUUUUAAUUGCUUCUUUCUCAGUUUUCCUGGUUAUCCUUAUCCUAUUUGUAAUCUAUACUUGCCGUAAGAAGUCUGUGCACAAAAAAUCAAGGGACGUUGAAGCCUCUCCUUAUUCUGGAGAAAAAUUUCGGACGGAAGAACUGAUUAAUUUUCCUGAUGGAGAGAACCUUUCCAUUCAUGAUAUAUUGGAUGCUAAUGGAGAAGUUGUUGGGAAGUCUGGUUAUGGUACAGUGUACAAGGCCAGUCUACACGGGAAUAAUCACUCAUUAAUGCUGCUUCGGUUUCUUAGACCUGUUUGUACCAGAAGUCUGAAGGACAUCAUUCCAGAGGUCCAAUUUCUAGGCAAUAUCAGGCAUCCAAAUUUGAUUCCUCUACGAGCUUUCUAUUCGGGACCUAGAGGGGAGAAGCUUCUCGUCCAUCCAUUUUUUCCUAGAGGAACAGUGUCUCAGUUUCUUCGAAGUAAAGAUGCCCGGUCGUUGAGACGGGUCAAGUUUUACAGUGUCUCUGUGGGCAUCGCCAAAGGACUGGAGUACCUUCACACAGGAUUAGCAAAACCAUUGAUUCAUGGGAAUCUCAAAUCGAAGAACAUAUUGCUUGAUGCCAACUACCAACCGUGCCUCUCGGAUUUCGGCAUCCACUUGCUGCUUAAUCCAACUGCAAAUCAAGUGAUGCUCGAAUCCUUGGACGCUGAAGGCUACAAAGCCCCCGAACUGAUCAAGAUGAAGGAAGCGAAUACGGAGAGUGAUAUCUACAGCUUGGGGAUAAUCCUGCUUGAACUGCUCACAGGAAAGGAGCCUAUCGUCGUGGACCCGACGUCCGGUCAGCACCUUCAUUUGCCAUCCCUAAUGAGAAACGCAAUUAUCAGUCAGAGGGUAUCGGAGAUCUUUGAUCCUGAGCUUCUUAGCAGGGAAGACCAGAACCCGGUGACAGAAGAAGGGCUGCUCCUGUAUUUUCAGUUGGCGAUGAGUUGCUGCGCUCCUUCGUCGUCAUUUAGACCCGACAUUCAACAAAUCAGAAGGCAGCUCGAAGAGAUCGGGUCUAAAGGGUUUCCUUCGUUUGCAUGAAAUAAUCCUAGUUUGGAAUUUUUGAGACUAGUUUCUGGUGACGGUGAAAGUUCAAAGGCGAUGGCAAUGAUGUUCCCUUUUAUUAUUGGUGAUGUGCGGGAUGACGAUUUGAUCUUCGUUUGACAA